GCUGCGCGGCCAGAGAGCAGGCCCCGCCGCCGCCUGGGCUUGGAACGCAGCGCGCGCGGCCAUGGCCUCCGGCGCCGCAGCUAAGCGGGCGCAGGGCGAGCGGGCGGCGGGACGGCAGCCCCGGCCCCGGCCCCGGCCCCAGCGCGGGGCUGACCGUGUGCCCCCUCGUCUCGUCCCACAGAGGCGGACCCUCGACAGAGGCUGCUGCGCACCGUCAAGAAGGAGGAGGAGAUAAGAAUGCUGAGGAAGACUCUAUAACCAGGCUUUCUGACAAACCUGGUCCUGGAGAUUCAUGGCCUACAUCAGCUAGCCAAGACGUAGAUUUCGGUACCAAGGAAGGAACAGCAAAGUCAGCAAUGGAAGCAAAGGAAGAUGGUGUUGGUAUUAUUGAAAAUGUGCCACCAGAGCAAACAGUUAAUGACAGUGUGACUUCUGCUGGUGGAGUGCAUAAAAAUUGCAGAAGUGAUAUGAUGUCAGCAUUAGAAUUAGGAGAAGAGGAAGAUGUAGAAUCACCUUCUCUUCCUGAGUUGCAAGAAGCAAAGGAUCGACAUGCAGAGGCCAUAAGACAUGCUGAGGAGAUGAAAGAUCAUAUGCAAAAGCUAAAAGUUCAACAUGCCAGAUGGGAAGAAACCAUUAAACAGCAAGUGGCCCAAAUUCAAGAUCUUCAGAGCAACUUGUUAAGGAUAAGUUUGAGGAACUUCAGCGGGGGGCUGGAUUGCAGGCACUGUCGCUGAAGGGGAAAAGGGUUCUUGGAGCCAUUUUUCAAGACCAGGUGGUGAAUACCCGACAGUACUUGGAACAUGUGAAAGACUCCACAACAGGAAUGCAAGGUAGAGUGGUGAAGCUAUUCACCAACCAUUUCCGAGUGACCUCUCGCCCUCAACUCCUCACGUAUAAGUACAACAUUGAUUACAUGCCAGAGGUUGAAGAUGGAAAAGUUCGUACAGAUUUGCUCUUCCAGCAUA